GAGUCCAUCCCUAAACAUAAAAAGAUUUGAAAAAUCUCAAACUGGAAAUCAAAUUAUAAAUAAAAACUAAUGUUCCUGAGGGGAUUUGCCUCUCUUGAUAUGCUUCCUCAGCUACAGAGAAGCCAGUGAAAAGGGGAGAGUGUGUGGAAUGAAGGAAAGGAGGAGGAGAUAAAAAAAAAGGAGCAGAGAGAGACUGGCUGGGGGUGAAAAAACAACAGGAAACCAACCGAUUCUAAUGCUGUUUCUGCAAAUCCUUCAGAGAUAAAACCGCAGACUGCCACGUCCCAGCCAAGCAACACUCACACCAUGACUUUUCUUUGAUCAUCACUUCAAGUUAUGACACUCUAAAAGGACUUAAAGUUCAAAAUGUGACGUCACUUCUGCUCUCAGCCUCCAACAGUGUGGUUAGUCAGAAUGUGAGCGGAUGCAGAGUUUUGGGAGCUGAUAUCUGGGAUUUCUAUGUGGCUGCUUUUUUGACCUACAAACUCAACCUCUCUCAGGGUCAUAUGGAUCGAUCGCUGUGCGACCAAGGAUCUGUUUGUGUUAAUCAUCGGGACUACUAACUGGAGCCACAUGAAGAAUAAAGGGACUAAGCAGAAGUCCAAAAAGAAAGGAAGUGAAAAUGCGUUCGGCUGUGACCUGAUUGAACAUCUCCAGAAUUCAGGACAAGAUGUUCCUCAGGUUCUGAAGAAAUGCGCAGAGUUUAUUGAGGAGCAUGGGAUUGUGGACGGGAUCUACAGACUGUCGGGUGUCACCUCAAAUAUCCAGCGUCUCAGGCAGGAAUUCUGCUCCGAGGCGUGCCCUGACCUUACAAAGGAAGUGUACCUCCAGGACAUCCACUGUGUGGGUUCCUUAUGUAAGCUGUUCUUCAGGGAGCUACCCAAUCCGCUGCUCACAUAUGAGCUAUACAGCAAAUUCACUGAAACAGUCCUGGUCCAGGGGGAUCAUGAGAGACUUAUACGCAUUCGGGGGGUCAUCAAAGAACUGCCAACUCCUCACUUCAGGACUCUGGAGUACCUUACUAAGCACUUGGCCCACCUUGCCACCUUAAGCUCCCAGACAAACAUGCAUACACGUAACCUGGCCCUGGUUUGGGCUCCAAAUCUAUUAAGAUCUAAAGACAUUGAGGCGUCAUGUAGUAAUGGAGACAUGGCUUUCCAGCAGGUGCGGAUACAACAGUCAGUGGUUGAGUUUAUUCUAAACCACACAGAGGAGAUCUUCAGUGAUUCUGUGCAAAUCAAACCCAAAGAAGGACCGAGUUUGAUGUGUGUGGAGAAGUAUGCCACACUCCCGAUCAGUAGCCAGUGUGGGCCGAUGAAACUGAUGAGCCUGGAAGAAGCCCAGGCUCGUUCCUUAAGUCCAAACCAUCCUGUGCAUAAAGAACGUCAGCGAGAAAACAGUCUGCCUGAUACCAGCACUGCCACGCUCUACCACACCGUCAUAGACAUAUCAGACAGCAAGAGAAAGUUAUCUGGCAAAUCAAAGAAAUGGAAGUCCAUCUUCAACCUGGGACGGUCUGUGGACUCGAAGGGAAAACUGAGCCGGAAUGGCAGUGUGUUAAUCAGAGCACAAGGGACAGAAAAAGCAGCUCUUCGCCCAUCCAGGAGCAUGGAGUCCUUGUGCUCCUUACCAACAGAUGAUGACAGAACAGGAAACAACAGUCCAGCUGGUGGUUCCGGCAGCGUUUUCUCUCCAGAUGUAAAAUCCAGAACGCUGGGAUCUGACUCGCUCUAUGAUUUGAGUGAACACGACCAAAACUGGGAGUUUAAAGGGAUGAGAGGUGACGGGGCAACAGGUGGCUGGAGCUCUAGCAUGGACCAAAAGGGGUCACCAGGUGCCUCUGCACCCCCUCAAAAAUCACUGCCAGAGCAACUGAAGGUGUUCAAAGGUGAUGACCUCAGCGGCUACAAGCCCACCUCUCCGAAAAACAGGAGGAUGCUGUACUCGGGCUCCUCCCACAACAGCUCCUCUAAGCCCUCCUUCCCGGGAAGCUUCUUCCCGCUGGAGUCCUCGCCAAGGCAUCAGCGCAGAGUCGUCAACAUAUCUGAGCCUUUUGCUGUGUCUGUACCGCUGCGCGUGUCUGCCGUUAUCAGCUCCAACAGCACGCCAUGCAGGGGGCACGCCAAGGAUAAAGCAGCUACUCUAAAACCCUGCAGAGAGAGCUCAGAGCAGAGCAGCAACAGUGGAAAGAGCAACACUUUCCCCCAACUGGAACCCAGGAAGCAGGAAGGAACCGAGAAGAAAAACAGAGAGGAGACGACUUCCAGAGUCCCGCCAAAGGAUGCAAGCAAAGAAAUGGUGCAAGAAGGUCAAGGAGGGAUGAAUACUUCUGAAGUGGAACCAGCUUCCCCUGCAAAUGCAAGAGAAGGCAAAGCUGCAGCGCCAUCUCCUGGGAAAGAAGUGCACAACCAGCAGAUAACUAUGCAACUGGUAAAUCAUGACAAGGGAUCUUCUACUGGGAAAGAACUGUGGUCUGACCACCAAGAACUGAAGAUAACUGAACCUGAAAUUGACCUGCUGGAUGAGACUUUUAAACCUGUUUUUGGCACGAAGAGCACCUGCGAGGGCAUGAGGUUGGAUGUUAAGUCAAAACGAAGCCGCAGCUCUCCGUCUCUGUCGUUGUUAUUUAGGGAGCAUUCUUCAAAUACCUCUCUGACUGAUCACGUAAUCACCACUGGAUGGGACUCUGCAAAGAAACAGCCUUCAGAGUCAGACAUCUCAUCUUCUCUUCACAAAAACACAGAAAAGACCUGCGCUGCUGACAUGGUGGAUAAGAAAGACAAGAAGCUGCAUCUAAAAAGCACACCCGUAAACAAAGACGACACCAAACAGGGUCAACUUCCUUUAAAGGAAACCUGUUUAGAUAAAGUUAUGAAUCAUUUGACGAUAGAGGAUACUCCAACUGUUGAAGGCUUCUCAGGAGCAGAUGAUACCGACAAAAAAGAUGAGAAACGCAAAGUUCCUCAAGGACACAAAAACGUCUCCUGUGAUGGAGCGAUGGAGAAUGUGAUUCCGGAGUUGGAGGUUAUUCAGAGACUGUCAGUGUGUUUGGAGGAGAGGAGUCACACCUUGGAGCUGCCAAACCUCGACAACGAUGAAGGAUGUGUAGGAAACUCAGAGGAGCUGGACUUGGUGGAACCCUGGGAGGAUUUUAGCUCCAACAAGCAGUGGGUUACCAGUCCUCUCCACUCACCUGACGUGGAGGAGUUGUUUAACCAGCUAUCACCUUUCGGCUCUUGUGGGGAAACUCAGAUUUCAUCUCUUUCAGUUGAUAAAAACAAACAGUCUCUCAUUACGAGCACUGUACACUCCUCAGGAAACAUCCCCCAGACUACCAGCAGCAAAGCAGAAAUGAAAUGGAUGUAUUUGCCGUCAGGGGUCAGUGUGAACAGCAGUAACACAACACAACCUCACACAGCAAAAUGCAGCACAACGAAACAGAAGAAUACAGUGUCAUCUCAGAGGUUUUACAGACAAAUGUCUUAUGAGGCAGAGAAAAGAGAGGAAAAUUGCUUUUCUAAACACAGACCUUAUUCACUUAAUUUAGACCUGGGGCAUCGAUGCAUCAGAGACAUUUCUAAUCAGCAGAACCGUAAUUCAUCAGAGUUCUCCUCUUGUCAGAGAGGAUUACUGACCUCCUCUGAAUCUGUAAACACCAGACUGCCCUCAGAGUUGGAGUUGUUUCUGAGUGAUCGGCAGGCGCCUCUUCGUCGAAAUUCAGCCCCAGUCAGCGUUUCAUCUGUGAGAACAGCCUUCAUGAUAAAAACAUGCCAGGCCAAAGCUGUGCCAGUCGUCCCUCCGAAGGUGCAGUACAGUCAGAUACCUCCCUUGAGACAUGAGAAGGAUUUUGACACAGCGAAGGAACAAGAAAAGGAACAUCCUAAAACGUGUGCAGAGAAAAGCAAUGUUGCACCUCCUCCGAUGUUGUCAGAUCUAAAGGAGGAGCUGGAGAAUAAAGAGCCUGCCCCUAAACACCAAAAACACCCACAUGUUGCUGAGUCUGGGAAGACAACAUCUACUCCAGAGCUACCGGUCAUCACAAGGAGACACCCGCCAAGUCUGGAAGUGUUUGUAGAUUGCCCCAGACCAAACAGACAAAGGCCGUCCUUUAGGAACAGGCAGAGACCUCAAAGUCUCAUCCUGCUUAGCCCUCCUUUUCCCAUCAUGGACUAUCCUCCGCCAGGAGACGACAGCAGGCUCCUUUCUUCCAUCAAGAGCCUGAACGACACGUCAGCAGUGAACGUCUUUUCUAAAGAGGUGACGGAGAAUUCCAGAACGCCGGAGGGGAUCGCUCUUCAAAACAAAAUGACUAUUCCAAAAAGUGGACAGAGGCUGGAAACGUCAACCAGCUGCUUCUACCAGCCGCAGAGGAGGUCGAUGAUAUUUGACAGCAGGAGCCACAGACAGAUUGAGUGACUGGAGGUGCAGUCACUGACAAUGAGACGGGCUGUGUGUAAAUAUAUACAGUAUGCAAGGAAACUGAAAGGAGCAUGAUAUGAUAGCCUAAUGUAAAUCAUAGCAUGUUGUGUGCUAUGAUUAAAGCAUUUCUUGAAGGGUGAAGGCUUAAAUAUUCUGAAGUAUUUGAGAAAGAGUUGAGGAAGCCAUGAAGUAUGUGAAAGCCAUUUAAUCUUGACUGAGAUCUAGGGCUUACAACUAAUGAUUUUUUUUUUUUAAUUUUUAUUAUACAUUAAUCUGCCAAUUAUUUUCUCAAAAAAAAUUGGAUAAGGAUACAUUCUUAACAUGUUUCUUUCUAAAAAAGAACACACAAAAAAACUGUCAUUGUCAGAAUAACUGGACAAAGUUUUUGUCCAAACUUGCUUGACUCAAUUCAGGGGCUUCAUAUUUGUUGUAUGUGUCUACAGUAUUUUGAUAUACUGGAUUCUGCUAUGGCACCCUCAGUUGUUAGAAGAAUCAGAAUGAAGUCAUGUAAAACAAACACAACUGGCGGUUGUGUUAGGUUAACUGACGAACCGACAAUGUAACUGUUAAAUGAAAUGGUUUUAACAGCUAUGAAUUUGAUCAUGUAGAUGAUGUGUUUAUUUAUUCCUUUAUUAACAUACACAUGAUAUGAAGGAAACUUGAAACUUAUAUACUGUAUGUGGUUAUCGGCUCCGUGAUAAGCUGAUGGUCAAGUUGAGUUUUUUAAGUUUUUUAAUAUUUAAAAAGAAAUUCCUUUUUCUGAUUUAAAUAUAUCGCAAACUUAAUUGAUAGUAUUUACCCACAGAAGAACUUUGAUUCAUGUGUACCUUUAUUUGAAUUACUUUGUAUAUUAUUAUGUUUUUGACAAUAAUAAGAACCAGCAUUGUAGAAAAGAGUAUGGGAUGUUAUUAAAAGUAAAACCCUGGAGCUGCUCCGCUGACAGUAAACUGGAGGUUUGACUUUGUGCACGCUGACUGUAUUCCACAUGUUUGAGUCAAAUUCAGAUGAUGGUACCUCCAGGUUUCUGUCUCUUUUUUUUGGCAUUUAACAAACAUGGGAUCUGAUGUAUUCAGCUUUAGCGCCCAUGAACAUAACAUAGUUUGGAUGUUAAAGGAGGCUGCGGUGUAUUUUCUAAAGAUGCAGAUGUUAUGGAGGUCACAGUGUUUUUUAAACUGUAUGUUGGAUGGACUGGAUGAAUGAUUACAGUGUUGUAUUCAAAACAAUGUUUAAGAAAUGAGAUAUUAGUGUGUGUUUUUUAAUUUGUUUUGUAACUUUUGUAUACUUGUUGAUACUGAAAAUUAUUGACUUAAGCAUCUAUAUUCAUCAGAAAAACAACUGAAGUGAGAAUUUUAAGACGAGGGUUUUGUCUUAAUUAUCUGAUGGCAACACCCUAAAUAAUGUACAUAAGACAUUUGAUGAGUUUUGUUACAACCAAAAGUUAUGAGAAUAAAAGGUUCUGCAAUCACACGA